GAAACCCCAGUGUGGUGUUCCUCCACGUUGCCUAUGUAACUUAGCAUCCUUUCAUGCACAUGAGGCAUGCACAGAGAGCGCAGGAGGGCGGGCAGCCUCCUGGUUAUCAGCCCUGUGCCGCCGUGCCUUCCUUACAAAUGACCUCAUGUAGUUGAGUCAGGAGGAGGAGGAGCCCAGCGGCGUCCCGCACCUUGGCUCCAGCAGCAGGGGGAUUCGUCCGGGAGACAGCGGCAGGAAAACUUUUUGGACUUGGAUAUCCAUGACAUUUAUCAGGGUUGCUACAGAGAGGAUUCCAGGAAGUGCGCCAUGUUCAAGGCAGUGUUGAAGAAGAACAGAGAUGGAGGGAAGGGGAGCAAGAAAGAACCAGCAAGUGACGUCCACAGCCACAGUGCCCAAAGAAGAGGCCCACCUGAAGGAAUUUCCCAGCCUCAGGAGAGUAGCAGUGGUCACCCUUAUAUGCAGGAUGAUAUGUUCAGGCUGAGCCUGGCCAAGGGGGUAUCCAUGUCCCUGCCAUCCUCACCUCUAUUGCCACGCCAGUCCUAUAUGAUGCCCCUACGCCCUAGCAAGAGAUCACCAGGUCCAAUCAGGAAGCCCAAGUAUGUGGAGAGUCCUCGCGUUCCUUCGGACGCCAUCGUCUCAGCGCUGAGGAAGGUGGCUGAUAAUAAGGAGUCCUCCCACAAUGAGCUGCAAGCAGAGAAACAGCCAAGCUCCUCCUCCCCUGCAACUCAGGAACUGAUGACAAGGCUGGGCUUCUUACUGGGAGAAGGGAUCCCGGGUACGGCACGCAUACCUAUGGACGACAAGAAUGAAAAGAAGUGCUCUGUGACUAGCCAGGGUAUCAGUCCCUGCUCUACCCUGACCAGCAGCACGGCAUCUCCCAGCACUGACAGCCCGUGCUCCACGCUCAAUAGCACAACCAGCCGGCCGCCUCUCAGCCGCUCCAGCCCUUGUGGGACCAUCACCAGCCCCAGCUCCACACUUGAGAGCAAGGACAGUGGGAUCAUAGCCACCAUCACCAGUUCUUCAGAAAAUGAUGACCGCAGUGGCUCCAGCCUGGAGUGGAGUAAAGAUGGCAGCCUGAGAGGCAGCGGGCGCCAUGGCCUGGCACCGAGCGUGCGGGCCGACACCUGCUCUCCUGUGGCAGAGGAAGACUCCAGCAGUGCCGGCGCCACGCCAGCUGACACCCCAACUAGAACAGACCAGCAGCAGCAGCAGCAGCAGCAGCCCAGCACAUCAGCAGGGUCUACAGGGCCACUGCAACCUCCAAGCCACACAUCUGAGGGGCCAGUUCCAUACCCGGCGCAGACCUCCUCUUCACUCAUGAUGCCUCGGCCAAACUCUGUUGCAGCUACCAGUUCCACAAAGCUCGAAGACCUGAGUUUUCUUGAUGAGCAGCGAAACACACCCCUGCGGACAUCCAUUCGCCUACCCUGGCAUAAUACAGGAGGAAGGCCACCUCAGGACUCUAAAGCUCGUUUUGCUCCCUACAAGCCUGUGGACAUCAUGCUCAAGCCUCUGUUGUUUGAGGUGCCCAGCAUCACCACAGACUCUGUAUUCGUGGGUCGCGAUUGGCUCUUUCAGCAGCUGGAGGACGUCUUGAAGGCCAACGAGUCCACUGAGAACCACGGCGCUGUUGUAGUGGGCAGCGUGGGCUACGGCAAAACAGCCAUCAUCUCCCGGCUAGUUGCACUCAGCUGCCAUGGAGGCCGCAUGCGUCAAAUUGCCUCCAACAGUCCCAGUGCCUCCCCCAAAAGUGGAGGAGAACCAAACACAGAGCUUCCUCUCAGCCAGCCUCCACAGCCCACUCCACCUCCCAGUGCUACCAACACACUGAGGAACAACAGCUGUCCAGGGACCCCUGAGAUCCAGAGACGCAGGGAGGAGGCUGUCAAACGUCUGGCUGCCAAGGUGGUGGCAUAUCACUACUGCCAGGCUGAUAAUACAUACACCUGCCUGGUCCCAGAGUUUGUGCAUAGUAUCUCAGCCCUGCUGUGCAGAGCACAUCAGCUCAGUGCUUACCGUGAGCUGCUGCUGAAAGAGCCACACCUCCAGAGCAUGCUCAGUCUGCGCUCCUGCGUCCAGGACCCCAUGGCUGCUUUCCGGAGGGGUGUACUUGAGCCGCUGGCCAACCUUCGUAAAGAGCGUAAGAUUUCAGAAGAGGACCACAUCAUCUUGAUUGAUGGGCUAAAUGAAGCAGAGUUCCACAAGCCUGACUAUGGAGACACGAUUGCAUCCUUUAUCACCAAGAUCAUUUCUAAGUUCCCCUCCUGGCUGAAACUGGUGGUGACAGUCCGGGUCAACUUGCUGGAGAUUACCAGCCUCCUGCCCUUCUCUAAGAUCUCCUUGGAUGAUUUCUCUGAAAAUAAAGAGAUAAACAAUGACCUCAAUGCAUACAUCCAGUACCGGAUCAACGGCAGCAAAGACAUCAUGAACAACAUUAGUCUCAAUGGCAAAGCUGACCCUAUCAUUGUGGGCAAGCUGAGUAGCCACCUGAUCUCCCGCAGCCAGGGCUCAUACCUGUACCUCAAACUCACCCUGGAUCUGUUCGAGAAAGGUCACCUAGUCAUCAAAAGUGCCAGCUACAAGGUGGUGCCUGUCUCACUGGCUGAGCUUUACCAGCUGCAGUGCAACAUGAAGUUCAUAACCAAUUCUGCAUUUGAGCGUUCACUGCCCAUCCUUAACGUGGCGCUGGCCUCACUGCAUCCCAUGACUGAUGAACAGCUGUUCCAAGCCAUCAACGCUGGCAGCGUCCAAGGGGAGCUGCAGUGGGAGGACUUUCAGCAGCGCAUGGAGUUGCUGUCCUGCUUCCUCAUCAAGCGAAGAGACAAGACACGCAUGUUCUGCCACCCUUCCUUCAGAGAGUGGCUUGUGUGGAGAGCUGAUGGAGAAAGUACUGACUUCCUCUGCGACCCCAGAACCGGCCACGCCCUUAUGGCUUUUAUGCUGUCCCGCCAAGAGGGGAAACUAAAUCGCCAGCAGACCAUGGAGCUGGGGCACCACAUCCUCAAAGCACACAUCUUCAAGGGCCUGAGCAAGAAAACAGGAGUGUCAUCCAGUGUUCUGCAGGCUUUGUGGAUCAACUGCAGCACCGACGGCCUUUCUGCAGCCUUGGCCUCUCUGAGGAACCUAUACACACCAAAUGUGAAGGUGAGUCGGCUGCUGAUGCUAGGUGGGGCAAAUGUGAACUACCGUACGGAGGUCCUGAACAACGCCCCAGUAAUUUGCGUUCAGUCCCACCUUGGACAUGAGGACAUGGCCUCCCUGCUGCUGGAGUUUGGGGCCAGUGUGGAUGUGGUCUCUGAAAACGGCAUGAGCCCCCUCUGCUUCUCAGCUGCUGCAGGACACUUGGGUCUUGUCAGUCUCCUAUGCAAGAGGGGAGCCAAGGUUGAUCACGUGGAUAAGAGUGGCCAGUGUGCGCUGGUCCACGCUGCUCUGCGAGGACACCCGGACAUCAUCCAGUACCUGUUGGAGCUUGAGUGGAGCGCCGAGGGCCAGCAGCAGGACUGCGGGCUGAAGAACAAAGCUCUCCAGCAGGCUUUGAUAGCAGCUUCCAGCAUGGGGCACACACAGGUUGUGAGAGGCUUGCUGGAUUUGAAUAAUGAGCAUGGUGUGCAAAUUGAUGGCCAUGAUACUCUGUGGGGAGAAACAGCCUUGACAGCAGCAGCAGGCCGGGGGAAGGUGGAGGUAUGUGGCUUCUUGCUGGAGCAGGGGGCCGUGGUGCAGCAGGUCAACCGGCGGGGGGUAUCUCCUCUGUUCUGUGCCGUCAGACAGGGACACUGGCAGAUUGCGGAGUUGCUGUUGCAGCACGGUGCUGAUGUGAACAUCAGUGACAAGCAGGGCAGGACGCUACUCAUGGUGGCUGCCUGUGAGGGCCACCUGAGCACUGUUGACUUCCUGCUCUCUAAAGGUGCUUCUUUAACUUCGAUGGACAAGGAGGGACUGACGCCCCUGAGCUGGGCAUGUUUGAAAGGACAUAAGAACGUAGUGCAGUUUUUGGUGGAGAAAGGUGCGGGCAUUGACCACACAGACAAGAAUGGACGAACACCGCUGGACCUUGCUGCCUUCUAUGGAGAUGCUGAGAUUGUCCAGUACUUGGUGGAAAGAGGAGCAGUGAUAGAGCAUGUUGACUACAGUGGGAUGAGGCCUUUGGAUCGGGCUAUAGGCUGUCGAAACACCUCAGUGGUGGUAACUCUGCUGAAGAAGGGGGCCAAGCUUGGGAAUGCUGCAUGGGCCAUGGCUACCUCCAAGCCUGAUAUCCUGAUCAUCCUCCUUCAGAAGCUGAUGGAAGAGGGCAACCUGCUUUACAAGAAAGGGAAGAUGAAAGAGGCGGCCCAGAGGUACCAAUACGCCCUGAGGAAGUUUCCUAGAGAAGGGUAUGGGGAUGACCUGAAGGCAUUUAAAGAGCUGAGGGUCUCUCUGUACCUCAAUCUCUCUCGCUGUCGCAGAAAAACCAAUGAUUUUGGAAUGGCUGAGGAGUUUGCAACAAAGGCACUGGAGCUGAAACCCAAAUCCUACGAGGCCUACUACGCUCGUGCAAGAGCUAAGAGGAGCAGCAGGCAGUUUACAGCGGCCCUGGCUGACCUGCAUGAGGCUGCCAAGCUGUGCCCCAAUAACAGAGAGAUUCGUCGUCUUCUGGCUCGAGUCGAAGAGGAGUGUAAACAGACCCAGCGCAGCCAGACCAAGGGAGGCCAAGCUGGGGCUGCUGCUGCCUCCUGCCAGGCAUCAGGAGGCCAUGAGUCUGACCAGGAGCAGGAAGAAGGGCAGGAGGAGCCUUCAGAGCACAACCUUGUCAGGAGCCUAGAAGGCCAAAGAGACAUACUGGAAGAGGAGGAGGAGACCUCACACCAUGACAGGAGAACUGAGGCCUGCUGGACACAAAAUAUCUACUCUUUUAACAGAGUCCUGCCACCUGACUCACUCAGCAACAACCAAAGCCAUCAAAAUCAGAGUCCCAGGCCCAGCUCACCCCCAGGCCCAAGCAGGCUGGCCUCCCAUCGUUACCCUCGGGAGCACCGUGAGGCCCUGGCCCAACAGGGCUUGCUUCUGCAGUCGACCAAACAAGCCCAGAUAGUCAAGACCAACCAGCAUAUGAGCUCCAUGCAGGCUGCAGGAGGAAUAGGUGGGGGCCGCUCAGUGGGAGCCAAAUCUCAGUCUCAGUAUGCUCCCUCCAGCCCUCUGCCCAGCAGGCACAUGUCCAGCAUGCUGAAGCCAGGCCCUGGCAUCGAUAUCAGCCCUUUACCAACCCCAGCCGACGAGCCUGUGUACGGCGACCGCAUGUCACUGGCGGCUGCCUCCACCUCUAUGGGUCACCACUGCGACAAUGAGAGCCUCCAUUCAUCCCAGGCCUCUUAUUCAUCCUGCAGUAGCUCAAAAGGUCAGGGGCCAGAGAGGCUAUCUGCCCACUCUGCUUCCUCUCUGGAUGGGCUGGCCUGCUCUGGCCCAGGGCCCCAGGGGAACCAUAUCGACCCAGGAAAGGAAGCCGGCUGUGGGGCAGUAGGGUCCCAGGGUGGAGGCAGCAACAUGCGGGUGUCUAGUUCUACCAGCAGCCUGGCCUCCAGCAGCAGUCUAUCAGACAGCGGUAAGCUGGGCCCCGAUGUUCGCACCAAGACCACCGACAAAGGAAAGCACAGCCAACAGCCCAACUCUACAGAGUACAAACCCAGACCUUUCAUGGGCAUCAUGGACAAGACAGCACGCUUUCAGCAGCAGUUGCAGCAACAUCAGCAGCAGCAAAUACAGCAGCAUCAGAGCCACCAGGGUCUGCAGUCUACUGGCCGCAACUGGCAGAACCAUUCCUCUGAGGGACUGGUGUGUCACAACAUGUCAGCCAUGGGCCUGCAGCCGGUCAACUGUGAGCUGCCUUAUGCCAAAACAGCGAGCACUUACCAGGAGCAGCACAAACCUCCUCCACCUCAGGGUGCUAUGGCAAUUGGUAGCUUGCAAAACGGAAUGCAUGCCAAGGAAUUCACAGAGAAGUUCUGCCAAGCUGCCACCUGUUACAAAGAAUCCAAGCCAGCACUGGCUAUGUCGCACACUUUUAUGGACAGUAAGCCCAAGCAGCCUGGCCUGUCCCGAGAUAAUCCCGCCAUUCACGUAGCUUCGAUGAAACCAAAGCGAUCAUUUAUAGAGUCAAAUGUGUAGGGAUAUUUAUCCUAUUUUUCAUACACACUGCACACACUAGCAAAAAUGUUAAGUUUAAGGAGAAAUUGUUUUGUUUUUUUUUUUUGUUUUUUUACCAGC